CGUUGGUGGCGGUUCUUGUCGUCUGGUCGUUGGUCAUAGUCGCUUAUUAGUGCAUAUGACUGAUUCUGAUUGAAAUAAGCACAUCAGAUAACCUUGCUAUAGGUUUAUUUCACCACAUUUCUUUCAAAAUAUCUAACACUUUUGUUAAAGUGGUCUGUGUUGUGAGAGAAGGAGGGGAACUCGUAUCGAGUCGAUGUACUAAGAAUCGAGUGGAGAUGUAGGUCGAUUGUGUGGUGUCGUCUGAUUUCUUAUGUUUCGAAGCAUUUAUACGUGUAUGCUCCAUACGUUCCGUAUGUAACCAUAUGUUUAGUUGUCAGACAGUUAAAUAUGGGUACAAUCGAAAGAUUAGCUGUUGAUCUUUUGCGAGUAUGUCAACAAAAUGACAGUGCAGAGCUGAAGAUUCUUUUACAUCAGCUUGUUGAAACAGUCAGUACACCUGGAGACAUCACUUGUCUUAUUGGUCCUGUGAUGAAACUGCUACCAUCUCACAAUACCAAUGUUAAAAAAACUGCUUAUUCAGUGCUGCCAAGAAUUUGUUCACGUAAUCCAGAAACAGCUCUCCUUGCUGCCAACACAAUUUUGCAGGAUUGCAGAGAUCCAAAUCCUAUAGUGAAAUGUUUGGCUUUAUCAACAUUCUGUUCCUUGCCGUCAAUACUGCAAGAACAUGCUGGGCCUGUUUUGAAUGCUGCUCUGAAAGAUGGAAAUCCUAGGGUCCGACAAACAGCAGUGAUAGGGUGUGGGAGAGUGUUCAAACACUUGCCAGACCUGCUCUUUGAACAGGGUUUUAUUGAUAGAUUAUAUGAAUGUAUACGAGACAGUGAUCCUGGAGUUGUGACCAGCAGCCUUCUGACCUUAGAUACAAUACUGGCAUCUGAGGGAGGAGUUGUUGUUAGUCGAAACAUGGCUGCAUACCUCCUACGACGACUGCAAGAUUUCCCAGAUCCACAGUUGGCAACAGUUCUAGAAGUCAUUGGCAAAUACAAGCCCCAAGAAGAAGAGGAGUUAUUUCAGGAACUAAGUAUACUGGAUCCAUACCUUGUUCGUUCUUCAGGUGCUGCUGUGGUAGUGAACUGUAUUAAGCUGUUCUUAAAGCUCACUGAAGAAAGACACCCUCAACUUAAAAGUGAAAUAAUACAUAGAGUCGUGCCUGUACUCAAGCAGUUUUUAUCAUCUGGAUCUCCCAGAGACUCAACAGAUUAUGUUCUUGAUUUCCUUCUUUUCAUGAACCAAGAUAGUGAUUGGCUCAUCCCAUUUUCUGAUUCGCCACACUUGUUUUAUCCUAAAAACUAUGACACUGAUUUGGCACUUGCCUUAAAAAAACUCCGUCUGUUACCAUAUAUAUGCACAGAAUCAAAUUUCAAAGAAAUUCUACAUAAUUUGGAACAAGAAUAUUGCAGAAUACCAAAGACGUGUACAGAUGCAAUGACAUGUGUGUGUUUAAUAUCAGGUCGUGUGCCACUCGCUGGUUCUAAAUGUCUUAACGUUUUAAUUACACUGAUGGACAGCAGUGACUGUCAUGUGUGUGAAAAUGUGCUCCGUACAUUGCAGGACUUCAAUUUGGCUGGAUUUAAAGAUGAUGAAAUAAGAUCCAUAAUAAGGAAAAUACUCAUGAAAAUUGAUCUGUCUGUAAAAGAUGUUCCAUACGUCCUUCCCAUCUUAUUAGGGGAAUUCGGAGAACUGAUUGAAGACCAGUCACCUUACGUUUUAGAAUCCUUAGCUCACAACUUUGAGCUCUACGAUGACUGCAUGCAGAGUUUAACACUUACAGCUGCUCUUAAAAUGUUUCUCAAGAUGCCUGCCAAAUGUCAGCACUCUCUUGGAGAAAUUAUGGAGAAGUGCAUUCAUGAUAUGAUGAGAAAUGAUUCAGAAAAGAUGCUUGGCUUGCAGCAAAGAGCUUUGAAAUAUUAUCAUCUUCUAAAAGCUGAUGUUCACCUUGUGAAAAAAAUGCUGACCACACAGAAUUAGUUCUGAACAGUUUAUUACAUAUACAAAAGAAAAUUAUACAUGGUAUAUGUUCUUAAAUUACUGGCACUAAACAAGGUGCAGAAUUAGUAUUGAAUACUAUUUGUAAUUAAAAAAUAAACAUUACUCUUUCCAA